AUGGCUCUUCUUCUUAACCCAUGUGUUUUUUCUGUUUCGAAUUCACGAAACAUCACAUUUUCCCCUCCUAGGGCUCGGCUUAAAUUUUCUGCCUCCGCCGUGAAAUGUAGUGUAAAAUCCGGCGAGGCGGAGAACACGUGUGCCGCAAUUGUAUGGUACAAGUAUGAUCUUCGAGUCGAUGAUCACUCCGGCCUCAUCGCUGCUGCCUCCCAGUAUCGCAAAGUUGUUCCUGUUUAUGUCUUUGAUCACCGCAUCGUCUCCGGAUUUUCAGAUGAAAUGCUCGAACUGCUUCUUUUUGCUUUGGAAGAUUUAAGGAAGUUGCUGAAGGACAAGGGAUCCAAUCUGAUGAUCAAGUUUGGGAGUGCAGAACGAGUCAUUGGACAACUUGUCAAGGAGGUCAACGCUAGCAGCAUCUUUGUAGAAGAGGAGGUGGAGUAUGAGUUGUGCAGAAUGCUAGAUAGUGUUAAAGAGACCUUGUCAACUGAAUCUUUUGAAGGGAGAAACCCCGAAAUUGUGAAGUGUAGCACUCCAUUUUAUGAUGUCAAGAGUUUGGAGGAUCUACCAUCUUCAUAUAAUGACUUCAAAAAGCUAAAGUUUCCUAUUGUUUCUACCCUUUUGACACCAACAUUACCUGGCCCUCCGAUGGAUUUGUUCUGGGGCGAUCUGCCAACGCUGGAUGACUUGAAGAAAUAUAUAGAUGAUAGUUCUAAUGUUGGCAACUUGAAAAAAGAAUGGAUUUCAUUAAAGAAGUUUUCUGCUCAAAGUGUGCUACAAGGAAAGAAAUUAAACAAGUUGGGGGAAUCAGAAAUAAAAGAAAGAAAUCUAGAAAGUUCCAGCUACAAAACUAAACAGUUGAGACCAGAAAAAUCAGCAUUUGUAACACGUCAAGGGAAAUUGGUGGGAGGUGGGGCAAGUCUAGUAUUGAAUGCUUUGGCUGCAUAUUUACGAUACCUAGAGGGGACUGCUCGAGAUGAAUGGCAGGAGGUACAUGACAAGCAACGUGAAGCUGAAAGUCGCGAGGGAGCUUCAUUUCAUGCCCUUUUUGGUUCUGCACUUCUUCUUGGUAUUAUUUCCACGCGUAGAGUGUAUUAUGAAGCUAUUAAAUAUGAAACAGACAGAAAUGGUGGAUUCUUAUCACCAUUCGGAUAUUCAACAACCACCGCUUCUGCAGCCAUUGAUACUGUUUCUUCCAUGGAGUGGUAUCGGCUUUUGACUUUAAAAGUCCAAAAAAGGAAGGGAGACUAUUACUCAGUUAGAACAUGGAGAUGGAAUGGUCAUAUAAUCCAAUAUACAGUUGCUGGUCGCGAAGGUCCUCCUAUACUUCUUGUACAUGGUUUUGGUGCUUUUUUGGAGCAUUACAGAGAUAAUGUAAAUCCCAUAGCUGAAGCAGGGAAUAGAGUUUGGGCAAUCACGUUGCUUGGCUUUGGCAAAUCAGAAAAACCCAAUAUACAGUACACUGAACUUCUGUGGGCUGAACUUCUCAGAGAUUUCAUAAUUGAAGUUAUUGGGGAGCCUGUACACCUCGUUGGGAACUCAAUUGGUGGCUAUUUUGUUGCUAUUAUUGCUGGCCUUUGGCCAGCUUUAGCCAAAUCUGUGGUCCUUAUCAACAGUGCCGGAGAGAUCAUUCCUGGAUAUUCCGCUCUACGUUACUCGAAAAAUAGGCGAACUUCAGGAGCGGCAUGGUUGGGUGCUAGACUACUUUUGGUCUACUUGAGGUUUAAUAUCAAGAAUAUACUUAAGAGUAUUUAUCCAACUAAAACAGAUCGAGCCGAUGAUAAGCUUAUACACGAGAUGCUUAGAGCAUCGUAUGAUCCUGGUGUGACUAUUGUUUUGGAAAGCAUCUUCAGCUUUGAUCUCUCGCUUCCCCUAAAUUAUCUUUUGAAGGAAUUUGGGAAGAUACUUGUAAUACAGGGAAUGAAGGACCCACUUUGUGAUUCUAAGACAAAGCUAGCUAUGCUUAGAGAGCAUUGCAGAGGAAUAGUAACAAAAGAAAUAGAUGCUGUUCAUUGCCCUCACGAUGAGCAGCCAAAUGAAGUGAAUUCUAUCAUUCUGCAAUGGGUAGUCUCUAUUGAGAGUGAAGUAUCUCCUGUUGCCUCAUCGCAGUAA